CCAAACAGUAAAAUGUCUGGACAGCUGGCGACUCACAGCGCACCGCCUGGCGCCCACAGCACUCCAGGCUGAUAAGUACUGUGAGCAGAGGAAGGGGAUAUUCAGUCAGGGAUGAGAGUCGCCAUAUUCUCAACAACCCAGAGAGCUGUAAAGUUAAAUGGAAGAAACACCAUCCGUGUGAUCUAGAGCAGCAGUAACUUCGCGCACAUGGGCGAACAUUUGUCCGUUUCAGUGAGUUAUUGAGAAAAAAACAAGUGUGAAAAAGUUAACCAAGCAGUAGAAGAAUAACAGGAGGAAACUAUGUCUAAUUCUGGCUUCUAUCAGGGGAACAAUGAAAGGUCCUCUGGCUUGGCACGAGGACAACGACCACCGGAUUUGGAGUUGUCAGAAACGGCGUUUUCCGCGCCUGAUCCAGGAAGACCUGCCGGCAACGACGCGUAUUUUCAAAGAGACAAAAGUUCUGGGGAUGGCAACACUCCCACGGAGGUGCCUCAUGUACACCUCCACCCUUACGUAUCCCAUCCUCGCAUGUCCAUGCGGAUGUCAGUGUACAGCGCCGGGGUGCGUCCAGCCCUCAACCGCGCCUACAUCCAAGGACGCGUGUAUAACUUUCUGGAAAGGCCGUCUGGCUGGAAAUGCUUCUUGUAUCACUUCACAGUGUUUCUCAUGGUUCUGGCCUGCCUGAUCCUCAGCGUUCUGUCUACCAUCAAUGAGUAUGAAGCUCUGGCGCACGAAACGCUCUACUGGGUGGAGAUCUUCCUGGUGGUGUUUUUCGGUGUAGAGUACCUCGUCCGCCUCUGGUCAGCUGGCUGCCGCAGUAAAUACGUCGGCAUCUGUGGCCGGCUACGCUAUGCCAGGAAACCAAUCUCUAUAAUAGAUCUGAUUGUGGUUGUUGCAUCUAUUGUCGUGCUCUUAGUAGGCUCCAAAGGCCAGGUCUUUGCCACCUCUGCUAUAAGAGGGAUUCGCUUCCUGCAGAUUCUGCGGAUGCUCCAUGUGGACCGACAGGGAGGAACCUGGCGUCUCCUGGGCUCAGUUGUCUACAUGCAUCGACAGGAGCUGAUCACUACCUUGUACAUUGGAUUUCUGAGCCUGAUCUUUGCCUCGUACUUUGUCUACCUGGCAGAGAAAGAAGAAAAUACAGGUUUUGAAAACUACGCUGAUGCCCUGUGGUGGGGAGUGGUGACAGUGACUACCAUUGGAUAUGGAGACAUAGUUCCAACAACCUGGAUCGGAAAGAGCAUUGCAUCCUGUUUCUCAGUCUUUGCCAUUUCCUUCUUUGCCCUGCCUGCAGGAAUCUUAGGAUCAGGCUUCGCCCUCAAGGUGCAGCAGAAGCAAAGACAGAAACACUUCAAUAGGCAGAUCCCUGCAGCUGCCUGUCUCAUUCAGACAGCGUGGAGAUGUUUUGCUUUGGAGAACUCGGAUUCCGCCACAUUCAAGAUGUUUUUGAGGAAGAAAUCCAGCUUCCCCACCUCCGCUCUGUUCACCCAGAAUCCCAAGAAAUCGGUGAAGAAUAGGAAGAUGUUGAAGAGCACCAACAGCAGCCCUGCUGCCACAGCUCCCAGCAUCACCUACGACUCUGCGUUCGAUAGUGGGAGGGAGCUGACCUCUGACGUUUACAGCACUGUGGGGACAGGUAUAGCAGGAUCCCAGACUUUGGGAGGAUGUGAUCACCAGCAGUCCUGGCCGUCUCUCUCUUCCGUUCACUUCAGCUCACAGCCUCCAGGCGCAGUGAAAGCAGGCGCUGGGUUUUUGGAUGUCCCUCCCCACGGUCCCCUCCAGAGGAACAGCAGCUUUGCAGACGACCUGGAGCUGGAAUCAGAGCGAUUCGGUGCACUGGCUCCUGCUGCCUCUGUGUCACAAUUGACAGAGUCACACCGAAAGGCCAUCCAGGUGAUCCUGAAAAUGCGUUAUCUAGUGGCUAAGAGAAGGUUUCAGCAAGCUCGCAAGCCGUAUGAUGUGCGAGAUGUGAUUGAACAGUACACCCAGGGUCACCUCAGCCUCAUGGUGCGAAUCAAGGAGCUGCAGAGGAGACUGGACCAGUCUUUAGGGAAGAUAACUUUGUUCCAGACGAGUUCAGAAGACAGAGACAAAGACAAGGGCAACUCCGUCGGCUCCAGACUGAACAGGAUAGAGGACAAGAUUGCAAACUUGGACCAGACGAUGAGCCGCAUCGCAGGAUCCCUCUCCUUACUGCUGGACCAAAGGGACGUCCGCGACGGAGAAGGUGGAGGCAGGCAGAAGCCUCAGCUUGGACAGACCUUAAAUGUCCCGCCCAGCCAGGACGCCUUGCCACGCUAUGACCAACUAUCUUAAUCAUCAAUCUCUUCUCACACUGCCAGCACAGUGGCCUUCCCAUUACCUCACUUCAGCAUAGCCAACAGUAAGGAUGAGAGCUGCUGAAAACAAACUGCAACAUACGUCUAAAGCAGUAUCCUACCUACCUAUACCUCCCUAAAUACCUAGAAUCCAUACUUAUCUAUCGUGCAUAGCCUAUAAUGACAAAGAAAUGUAUAAUUUCUGUAAAAAAUAUGUUUUACACUAACUAACCACUAAAAAUAGCUAACACCCAAUGCGUAACUACACUAACUAUGUUAUGGCCAUCUCUGAGCAUUGACUGCCUUUCGACUGCACAGUCAUGCAAAAACUUUAGCUGGUGAGACACUUCGGCUAGCUUAACAAAAGCUGCAGCUAAAUUGACUUAUCUGCCUUUAGGUGUUGGUUAAAUUUUAAAGAACUUGCAUAUUGUUAAUUCUUAGAUGGUGGCUAAAUUUAUUAUGAUAACUCAUGCUUGUCUAAUUUAACAUCACUAAACUCUAACAGCCUUAACUCACCCCUAGCUUAAUAGCUUUUGAUAUUACGCAUUAUUUACUUAUGUAGCCUACAUUUAUUUCCUAAAUUUGAAUAAACUACUUAAUAGAGCUGAGCCCCACGCUUACUGUUAUUCUGUGAUUUAUGAGCUCUAACUGCUUUGCAUUUAUUACCUUGACACAAAGAUGUGGACAACUAAAAAGCUAAAGCAACACAGCCAUUUAAGCAAAAGCUAGCUAGCUAGCUAUGUGAUAUGCAAUAGUUAGCUUUAGCUUAAGCUUAAACAAAAUGUAACCUAAUUGAUCAGAUUUUUGCCUUUUGCAUUGUGUAAUUUGUAUUUCUAGAUAACCAAUGGACAGUGGUAGAACGUCAACUCACAUUGUUCCAGUGAAUCGUUUACAAUGAACAACUAAAGCUCACAGUUGACGGAAGUUGAAGUAAUAUAUUUUCAGUAGUUUCAUGUGGACGUCUCAAAUAGCUACAAACAGUCAAAAAUGCUCUUGCUGUCGCUCUGUCACUCAAAGACCGGGUAAGGAACGACUUCAGUUAACAUGGUGUAAACCAAAAUGUUUGCACUGAAAGCUGGUGAAGUGACUAAUUAGCUGGUGCUGAUUAAUGUUUUGCCUAUUUGUUGUCAGUUAAUUAUAAAAUAUGAUUUCAAAGGAAAUCUGUAAUCUUUUAUAUAACUAAAGGACGCAGUGGCUGCAGUAUGUCGUGUAGUGAUACAUCUUAACUCCUGCUCAAGUUAACAAACACGCUUCGCAGAUUUUGUGUUUUUUAGUUAUUUCAGCUUUUACUCUAGUGGAAUGGACUUGAUAAAUAAGUGGACAGACAAAACAAACAUCUCAAUUACCAGUGUGUUUGGCUGUGAAUUCUACACUUUUGAAUGUGUAUUAUGCAACAUUUAAAACACUUAUAUAGCAGACAACAAACAUAUCCUGACUAAACGUAGCCUAUUGUUAAAUAUUGACUUUCUAUUAAAAAAAGACUUAAGUCAAACUCCCUCUGGGUUUGUUGUACUCAGCUCGGUGUUCACAUCGACAGGACACUACUUCCUUAAGCUGAAAUGUUCUCACUCACUCAGGGAUGCUGUGUGUAGUGGCACAAUGGCCAAGCACUGUUGAAAGAGUACAAUUCAAAGAGAGCCAACUGACUUUCCAAACCUUAUUUUGUCUGAAAUGCUUAAAAAGAAUAAGAAUUAAAAAUCUACUGCUGCAUAUCUGAAUGGAGAUCAGUCCUAAAAAAAAAAAAAUGCUCGGGACAUUAAGUAAGGGUUGGGGAGCAGAGGAAGCAGUGGGCUGAGGAAUCAAGGAGGUUAGAUUGUUUUGGUCUGAGAGACUUGUGCCAAUGUGUAACAUCUACUGGACAUCUACUCUGAAAGUGAUGUGACUGACUUUGAUACGCAUCCCCACUAAGUCUGUGAAGGCCUAGGGCUGUCCCACUGUCAAAUUGUCAAUGGCUUGAGGGAUCUCUCGCAGGCUUUUUGAGCCCUUUAUGCCCCUUUUCCAUAAGUGGGCAUAUCUGCGGACUGAGCGUGAGGGAAUUACCUAUAGUUUAUAGUAUUGUGAGUUCAAACACAGGAUUCCCAGCAGAAAUGUGCAAGCAUGGAGGGGUAAACAAACACCAUAAAACGGAAAUAAAUAAAAAGGAGAGAAAGAUAAGAAAGCAUGGAAGGUGCAACCAAAGUUGACGGUUCUAAAAAGGAGGUUUGCAGCCUUAAUUCACUUAGGAAAUUUUGCCAUGGUACAUCUGUUUUUAUCUCAAGAUUCUGAGAAGCUAAUUCAUGCCUGUUGUUCUAGUAGACUGCAGUUUAUGUUACUCUUUUUACAGGUCUACAAAAAAGUAUUUUGGGAACUACAGCUAAUUCAGAACUAUGCUGAAAGCCAGGCAGUCUUUUCCUUAAGCGCCUUGGCUGUGAGUUAAGUAAAACAACUAAUUUAAAAAGUUGUCAUGACGCUUUAGUGAGCAACAUGUCGUAGUGCUGUCAGGGUUACAGGGAAGUCGCAAAGUGCUGCUGGCCCAUUCCUACUCAAACCCCUUGCAGCCUCAUGCACUCAGUCACUCUCCAGAUGGCAUCAAUUAAGUCCUUAAGGGCUCAGGCUCUAGGGAGGAAUCAAGAUUCAGCCAAACAAAUGAAAGUGGAACUCGAGGUUAAGAAAACAUGGUUGGAAGAUAGUGAAUAUUGUAUCCCUAGAUAGGAAGCAAACCUAUAACUUCUCUUUUACAAUUCUACAAUUCACUUAGCAAACACUUAUCACUUUUAUCCAAAGCAGCGUACAUCAGAGAGUAAGUACACCAGAUGCUGACAGGCAUUGCACAGAGGCUAAGUACAACAUUUACGGCAGUUCUUGAGAGCUCUAAUCAGUAUAGAAACCAUCUUAAAAGUCGCUAUUAUCAACAAAACCAUCGUCAUCAUCAUCAUCAAUAAUAUUGAGACCAUCAUCAUCAUUAAGUUAGUAGGUAUUCAUGAAAGAGCUGGGUCUUUAGCUUUUUCUUAAAGGUGCAGAGGGACUCUGCCGAUCGAAUGGAGUUUGGUAGUUCGUUCCACCACCGGGGGGCGACAUAGGAGAAGAGUCUAGUCAGCGUCUUAGGACCCUGUUGUGAAGGAGCAGUCUAACAAAUUGCCUUUUUUCUUACUUUAUUGCUUUUCUGAAUGCUGGGAUAUUAACGUGAAUUAUCUCGUCAUAGAAUAGGCAUAUGUACAAUUUCUACGAAAUACAACCUUUUCAAUGCGGAUGUUUCAGUAUCAGGAUAUUUUUCUAUUACCUUGAAUGGAAAACUAUCUUGAAAGCAUUUACUGGCGUAUCGUUAGUUCAUUGCCUUGAUAAAAAAAGGUCAUUGAAACUACUAUUUCACAUGAAUGCCCAAGAAAUAGCUGCCGCCCAUUACAGCACAUGUUUUAUAAUCUACAAGUGCCUUAUAAGUGUUGUACUAGAAGUAUAAUCAGUUUGAAGUCAUUUGCCUUGCUCUUAUCAUGUACUUUGAUUCAAUAUGUUGAGUUUUAUAUCACAUUGUUUUACUUCCAUGUAGAGGUGAGGCCUUACUUUACUUGAAAAUUCUCAGUUUGAUAGGGGAAAAAAACUGUUUUUAUUCGACUUCACUUUUUUGUAAAUGUUAGGAAAAUUCUUCUAGCAAUAAAAUAUUUUGGUAAUUGUC